AUGCCACCACGACUCGCGCCCUACGUUCUGACCGCACUCGCGUCGUGCAUCAUCACAACACAAGUCUGCUUUGUCCUGUUGUCUCCCGACCCGCGGCUGCGCUCGGAUUGCGCGCUCGUUCACUCUGCUGCUCCACUGGGAGCUGGAACUGGGCCAGCACCCGAAGCAGGAUUGCCUCCGACCAGACUCCUUCCGGCCCAACGAUUACCCAUGCAAAACCGAGGCAAUGCAAUACUCGCAAAUGGUCCGCAACAAAGCGCUGACACUGCAGCAUGCGCAUGCACGCCCAAUUCAACCCUUGCCGACUGGAACCAAGCAGCUCCUGCGUACGCCCCUCUGCGACCGGAAGGACUGCCAGUCAUCUAUGUCAUCACUCCAUCCAAGCCCGGUCCCACACAAAAGGCCGAUCUGACGAGGCUGGCAUCGACGUUGCGCCAAGUCCCAGCGCUCCACUGGAUUGUGAUUGAAGACCAGCCUGCUCCCACUGCACUCGUUGCUGCCUUGCUCGAGCGCUCUGGCAUGCGUAACUCAUACUCGCAUCUGGCCGUUCAGAGCGAGGCCGUGUCAGCGGGGCCACGCUACAAGACUGCGCGCGGAGUCGAGCAGCGCAACCUGGGCAUUGCCCACCUGCGCGAGCUGGUUUCUGCUGCUGCUGCUGCUGCUGCUCAGCUCAAGCGCAGCCCGCAACGACCUGGAGACCAGCAAGGCGAGUCUGAAACGUCCGCUCCAGAGGGGGUGGUCUACUUUGCAGAUGACGACAACACGUACGACUUGCGGGUUUUUGAAGAAAUGCGCUUCACCCAACACGUAUCUGUCUGGCCCGUGGGCAUCGUUGGCGGAUUAAUGUAUGAAGGCCCGGUUGUCGAUUUGGCAACACGUCGUGUUGUUCGCUGGCACGUCGGGUGGAAGAAGCAACGGCAAUUCCCCAUCGACAUGGCCGGAUUUGCAAUCCACGCCCGAAACUUUAUCAACACGCCCGGAGAAUUGCUGUCGCGCUCGUCACCCCGAGGGUACUUGGAGUCGCACUUGCUAGCACGCUUUGUGCGCCAGCUCGCCCAGCUCGAGCCCAAGGCCGACCUGUGCAGCACGAUUCUCGUCUGGCACACGCGCACCGAAGCGCCCGACUUGUCACAAGAAGAGGCCCACCCGUCCGAUCCAUUGGUUGAAGUUUGA